AAGUAGCACACAACGGGUGUUUUACCAUCUCUGAACGAGGCGCCGGGACGCCCGGGGAGAAACGUGUGUAUAAGCGCACAACGUGCGCACGGUUGCGGAGUGCUCGAGUGUCUCUAAGUAUGAUCGAUCGGAGAUACCGUACUUGCUGUCAAAACUCGUCCGAAAUGUAUUCGCGCGCAAUCGCGCGAUAACGAGUAGUUCCAAGCGGGAGAUCAUUGAUAUCAUUGUUGUUAUACGUGUAAAAUUGUGUGUCAGUCGCGAUGGGACGCAAUGGUGGAUUAAUAUGAAAUUGUUAGACGCUACGUGUUUUCACGAAAGCUUAGAACGACAAAAUAAAUAGUGAAUCUGGAAUAAAGUGCAGGCUAUAUACACGCCUGAUAACGAAUCGAUAUUUUAGCAUUCACAAUUGUAUAUUAUCGUCGACAUACUUGACUUAUUGCUCUAGGAAUAAGGAUAUAUUUUGUCUAACACGUCGUGAUAUGUUACACGCCGUUACUGUCUUCUCUUGGUGCUAAUUUCCGAAGAGAAGAAAAGAGAGAGUUUUUUUUUUUUUAUCAACGUUAAAAGUCUAACAUGAUGAAUUACAUAGACGGUGUAUCGUCCCAGUUGCAUCAUAUUACAAAUCUGGGUAUCAAGCUGUCACCCGGGGGCGGCGGAGCGACCGGUGGAUCAACCGACAUCGUCAGUGUUCAACCGCCCCCGGGGGUCGAGGCACCGUCUCACCACUUCCAUCACCAGGCUUACCCGCCGCAUCAUCCACACACGGCCACCCACAUGGGCCCCUCGCACAUGGGGCAUCACAUGGGCCCUCAUCCGUCUUACGCGGCGCGCGACUUCCUUCUGCGACGGGAACAUGAGUUCAACGCGACGGCAAGUCCUACCACGCCCGAGAGUGGGUUGAGUCUUUUCACGUCGCUGCAUCACGACGGUACGGCCACGACGAUGCAGCAAUUUCCACAUCAUCCCGGCCAGCAUCCACUGGCCGCCAGUCACUAUCCCGGGACACCCUAUUCCCAGGAUGCCAGGUUACCAUCUCAUCACCAUCAGUAUCUCGCUUCGCCACAUUUGCCGCCAUCUUCGAUUCAGCAUCCGCAGCAUCCGGGCAUGCCUCAUCCGGGUCAUCCUUUCAUGAGGUACAUGAGGAGCAGCGACGGACCGGUUGGCGGCCCCGUGAUCACCAGCGGUCAACACCAGGAGUAUUCGUGUAUGUGGCUGGACCCGGAUGCCGGUUCGGGAAGAAAGCUCUGUGGCAAACUCUUCAACAGCCUCUCCGACAUCGUGGGGCAUCUACAGAUGGAUCACGUGGGCGGUGCCGAAAGUACAACGCACGCGUGCUUCUGGCAAGGUUGUACGCGCGACGGCAAAGCCUUCAAGGCCAAGUACAAGCUCGUCAAUCAUAUAAGGGUGCAUACCGGCGAAAAACCCUUCCCGUGUGUACAUCCAGGUUGCGGCAAGGUCUUUGCCAGAUCGGAGAAUCUCAAAAUACACAAGAGGACGCACACCGGCGAGAAGCCCUUUAAGUGCGAAUAUCCCGGCUGCGAAAGGAGGUUUGCGAAUAGCAGCGAUCGAAAGAAACAUAGCCACGUUCACACAUCGGACAAACCUUAUAUUUGUCGACAACCGAGCUGCGAUAAAUCCUAUACUCACCCAAGUUCGCUACGCAAACACAUGAAGAUACACGGUAUGAUCAGCGAAGGAAAGAUGGGAAUGUAUGAGAGCGAGGGCGAGGAAAGCAGCAGCAGCGUUUGUAGCGUAUCCGUAACGGAUCACACGGAAUCGCCUCAACCACCUCCUGUUGCUCCAACGACGACGACGUCUAAUCCACCACCGCCCACGAAUCAUCCGUCGAGCCGCGGAGCAACAGAGUUGGCGGAAUGGUACGUAUGUCAACCACCGACGAUCGGGCCUCAACCGGGACCUUUACCGGGUCCACCACCCCCUCACCAUCUUGGACAUCAUUUCAAUCAGCUAAUACAUCCUCAAGCGGCUGCAUAUUAACUGAAUGAAUAAAUGUCAAAAUAGUCAAUAGUAAAAUAGUAAAAACAUAUGUAGGCAGAGCAACAACCAGUGUUAGCAUCACGAGGCAGGUCCAACGACAGAGUGCUUGUUUCCGAAACCGUUGGUUGAAUUAUUGGAAGUGGUCUAGAUUCGAGUUCCGCAAUUAUGGCCACGUACUCCGAAACUUUUGCUCGCCCAUGAACAGAGUUUAAGCGAAGUGGAUUUCGGCAAGUUUGGAAAUGUGCAUGUGGAUUGGCUGUGUGUGUCGUUCCGUUUUUAUAUGACGAUGAACUGCGCUUGCGAAUAACGCACGAAUGUGCAGUCAAGAAAAUGGAUAAACUAUAGUAAAAGAAAAGAUAUCUAGGCGAGCAAAGGAAUAUUAAAUGAGCGCUCAGUAAGAGUGCUUGUUGAUAAUCGAGAGAUCUUAUUGUUAAAUUCAUAUUUUCCUCGCUCGUGAAGAUUGAUAAUGAAGUUUUUCUAAAGUCCGUUUCCUUUUUCUUUCCAUAUCUCUCACUGCGAGAUGAUGAUAUGAAAUAAAAUGCCUUGCUGAAAAUAAGUACGCGAUUUCACGAAAAAAAAAAUUCAAAUGACAAUCACCGAAUCAUCAAGGGGUGCGUUCUGCUGUUCACUGCCAAUACUGGAAAUGUAUAGUUUACUUCACGUACACGGUAGAUUUUCAGUACUGGCAGUGAAUAUCGGAAUGCGGCAAAAAUAGAAUAGUGUUUCGAGAAAAAAUUCAAGUUCUCGACAAUGAAUAAAGAAAAAAAGGAUAACCAAAAUGGACCCAAUUUAUAACAAUCAAACAUGAUUUAAUUUUAAGCUUAUGAUGAAUAUAACAAAAUAUAUAAAAUUAGAAAUUAAAAAUGUCUAAUUCUCAUUUUCUUAUAAAAGAUUCCCAUUCUCGUUAGUAUCACUACUUUUUACGAUUACAAAUGUCAUUACUUGGAUUCAAAAAUAAUUUCAAAUUAAAAAUAAUUUUGAAUCAAAAGAAGUUUAUAUAUUAUCAGAGUUUAAUUUUCAACAGAAAAAUACCUCUGAUAUCUCUUGUAAUAAAAUUGAAAGAAUGAAUCUUUUUUCUAACAAACAUAUUUUAAUUUGUAGUAACUUUUACACAGAGUUGCAAAAAAAUAGCCUGAAGCAAUUUUUUUGUUCGGUUAAUCAAAAAUUUUAAUUUAAGCCAUAUUUUGUUUUCGUUGAGCCUGAAAAAUUGAGCCCAAAAAUAGUUAUUCUUUCUUCGAGCUUGAUCAUAUAUAAUGCAUAUAUGAUCAGUAUGAUGCAUCAAUGUAGCCUAGUUGAUCUUAUAAAGAAGCUUACGGAUGUUUAAGAUACAUCAAAUAAAAUAUAUUUAAAGCAUCUCUGUAAGUACUUCUGAUUGAUCAAGUUUUACAGCUAUUUAAUAAUUCACGAAUUAAAAAAUGUUUUUAGCGUAUUUUAUUAAUCCAUAUUAUUGAACAUGAGUGGUUGCAUUAAAAAAAAAAAAAUUAUUUCGAUAUAUUUUACAAGAAAAAAACUCAUAAUUUUUCGCUUCUGACAUCAUAAUAUAAUGUCAAUAAGGGGGACCAGAAGCCUUAAGAAACAAUCUUUAGAUGUACUUUGUUUUGAAAGACAUAUAAUCUGUUUGUCUUACUUGCAUUUUUUAAAACUUUUUAUAUUUGAAAUGAAAUGUGAAUGUAUAUUCGGGCAUUGUAGAGACAGACAGAGAAAGAGAAAGAGAGAACGAAAAAUCUGGAUGUGGAAAAUGCAAACAAAAGAAACAGAUCUAUAAUAUUAAAUAAUCAGUAUAAUUAUAUUCUAUAUGAAGUACUUUCGAGAUUUAAGGCAAUUUUAUUUAUUAGAUAAAAGUAACAUAUUAGUUUUCUUUCAACAACAAAGAGAAAAAAUUAAAUCGAUUCUUCUUAACAUU